AUGUUGGGUUCCUGCAGAUACUUGGUUUUCCCUGAUGAGCUCAGAGAUAGUUCUUUGAGUCCUUCUGACAGGAAGGAUAAGAAGAACCACACAAACAAGCUUCGAGAACUGGCCCUGCUGAUACCUGUGACCAUGAUGACCAGAAACAAGAAGCAUACCAAGAAGGAGAUCCUGCUGCGUGUCCUGCACUACAUCCACUACCUCCAGAGAUGCAUUGAUGUGGUCCAGGCUUUGCUCAAGCUCCACAACAGCGACUGCAAAGGUGGAUUUGUGGGGCUGGGUCGGAACCCAUCUGCCGGCCCAACCCAGCAGAGACACUCCACUCCCUCCAGCUAUCAGAAGUCACACCUUUGGGGCACCUGCUCCAGACCUCGAAAGAAGAAGUUCACCUGAGUGUCAGAGCACCCAACCUGGCCCCAGAAGCCUCGCCGUUCUCUGGCUUUGAACCAGCGAAAUUUGGUCACUGCAUACCCAGGUCAGAAAGAAGAAAACAGGGAAGGUGCCACAUACCCAAGAGACCUCAGCCCUGGCACCCACCCCACAUCUGCACUAUCCCUGUCAAGUGAUGGAGGAGGGGCCCAGCUGGUGUACUUGGACAUGGCUCAGAAUAUUGUUGCCUAUGAUAUCAUAAGUGAUUAUGGUGCAGGGACCCAAGAUGGUGAGCUUGACACUGACAUCAAGGCUCAAAGCAGUGAUCAGAGGUCCUAUUUCCUCACCAAAGUAGAGCCCUAUCUCAGGCAGAAGCUAUUCUUGUGUACUUCCAGUGAGACACACAAAGAAACCCCAGACACUGACCCUUGGCUUCCUGCGUGGACCUCAGAAGACAGCCCCAAUGGGAGCCCACUGGCCUCGGGGUCUUUCCAGAGCAAUACCUGGCAUGUGACGAACUACCUGAGUGAGAUCUUAGGACUCAGCUCUUCCCUCUUCAGCUCCCCAAGCAAAAUCCUGCCAGAUCAUGUCCUGGAGGACGAGACCUACUUUCUGAAUGAAGGUCUCAUGGAGUCUUUGCCUGCUGCCUGUGAACUGGAGGACCCCCAAGAGAAGGACACACCCACGGCCCCACCUAACUUCCAGUCCUCAGUCUCACUGGACCACUGCUACCUGCCGCUGAGUGAGAACAUCAACGUGUUGUCUAGCCGCAGCUCCAGUUCAGAGUCCUCAGACACUGAGUCCCUGUGGGGACAGGAGGUGAGAGGGGUGGCCAUCCACCCAGGGAGGACAGGGGUCUUCUCCCUUGCUCAGUCUUCUGUCCUGCAGCAGGCCAACCCUGUGGGCUUACAGACCUCCAGUGACGAGGACAGAGACUACACAUGGACACCUACCCAACGGUCUUCUGGCCUGCCAGUAGCUGGCAAGAAGACCAAGAAGGUCCAAGCAAGCCAGAGCUCUGGGAAGCUCAAGGACAGUAAAAAGGCCUGCUCUGGCCAGGUGAAGAAAAAGUGUGUUAAUGGCUUCAUCAUGUUCUGCAGGAUGAACCGCAAGCAUUACAUCCGAGCCUGUCCUGGGACUGCAUCCACAGCUGCCACCAAGGACCUGGCUCAACUGUGGCGAGAGAUGACUCUGGAGGAAAGGAGACCAUACUGCACUAAGGCACGCAGGUUCAGCCGCCAGAACAACCGCAUUGUGAAGCGGGAGAGCUCCAGCAGUGAGGACGACGAUGGGGAGGCCCCUAAGCCCUUCUACCAGCUGCUGGCUGACAGGGCCCAAGUGUCUCUGGGCCUGGCUUCACUGCCCUCCCCUCACUGCCAGUGA